GGCGGCCGUUGUCUGAUUGGUCCCCAUCCACUGCGCCGCCGUUGCCUUGCGGAGGUCCGCGACCUCCCCCAGCGCUCAGUGGCGCCAUGCCUCGCUUCACCGUGCACGUCCGAGAUGAGUGGCUGACGGUGCCGUGCCGGGACAGCUCGUCCACCAUCCGCUGGCUGGGCCAGGAAGCCCUCAAGCGCUACAUGAAGAACAAGCCCGACGACGGCGGCAUCGCGGCGCUCAAGGACGCCCGCUUCGUGGCGCGCAGGUGCCAAGGGCUCGGCCUGCUGGACGCCGACGACACCAUCGACGACGUCCUGGAGGAUAAUGACUUCGUCGAACUGGCCAUCGAAGGCGACACCAUGUGUCCCGACUUCAUCCCGUGUACGCCGGGAGUUUCCCACCUCACGGCGGCGUACAGAGAACCGGAAGACAGUAUUUGCUUGGAUGGCAACAGCCUGACGUCGACGGACCUGGUCAACUUGGGCCGAGGCCUCUACAAGAUAACGCUGGCUGCGGAGGCCGAGAGGAACGUUGUCAAAUCCAGAGAGCUUUUGGACACCAUCGUCAAGGAAAACAAAGUUGUUUACGGGAUCACCACCGGUUUCGGCAAAUUUGCUCGAACCGUCAUUCCUGUCAGCAAACUCAAGGAGCUGCAGGAGAACCUGGUGCGCUCGCACUCGGCAGGUGUGGGAAACCCGCUGAGCCCGGAGAGGACCCGCAUGCUGCUGGCUCUGAGGAUCAACGUUCUGGCCAAAGGGCACAGCGGCAUCUCUCUGGAGACCCUCCGCGCCAUGAUCCAGGCCUUCAAUGCUUCCUGCCUCUCGUUCGUCCCCGAGAAGGGCACGGUGGGUGCCAGCGGAGACCUGGCGCCCCUGGCCCACUUGGCCCUGGGGCUGAUGGGCGAGGGGAAAAUGUGGUCGCCGAAGAGCGGAUGGGCCGACGCCAAAUACGUCCUGGAGGCCCACGGGCUCAAGCCAAUAUCGCUGAAGCCCAAAGAGGGCCUGGCUCUGAUCAACGGCACCCAGAUGAUCACCUCGCUGGGGGCGGAGGCGGUGGAGCGAGCCCAGGCCAUCGCCCGCCAGGCCGACAUCAUCGCCGCGCUCACCCUGGAGGUGCUGAAGGGAACCACCAAGGCCUUCGACAGCGACAUCCAUUCGCUGAGGCCCCACCCGGGACAAGUGGAGGUGGCCCUGCGCUUCCGCUCGCUGCUGGACUCGGAUCACCAUCCUUCCGAGAUCGCAGAGAGCCACCGCUUCUGCGACAGGGUCCAGGACGCUUACACCAUGCGUUGCUGUCCUCAGGUCCACGGCAUUUCCAACGACACCAUCCAGUUUGUCCUCAACAUCAUCAACACGGAAAUCAACAGUGCCACGGACAACCCGAUGGUGUUCGCCGAAAGAGGGGAGACCAUCUCGGGCGGAAAUUUUCACGGGGAGUACCCGGCGAAGGCUCUGGACUUUCUCGCCAUCGCAGUGCACGAACUGGCUUCCAUCAGCGAGAGGCGGAUCGAGAGACUGUGCAACCCGUCGCUGAGUGAGCUGCCGGCCUUCCUGGUCAAUGAGGGGGGCCUCAAUUCGGGCUUCAUGAUUGCGCACUGCACCGCCGCCGCUUUGGUUUCAGAGAACAAAGUUUUGUGCCAUCCUUCCUCUGUGGACUCCUUGUCCACCAGCGCCGCCACGGAGGACCACGUGUCCAUGGGGGGCUGGGCUGCCAGGAAGGCCCUGAGAGUGGUGGAGCACGUGGAGCAAGUCCUGGCCAUCGAGCUGUUGGCGGCCUGCCAGGGCAUCGAGUUCCUCCGCCCGCUCCGUACCACCACGCCGCUGGAAAAGGUCUACGACCUGGUGCGCAGUGUGGUCAAGCCGUGGAUUAAAGACCGAUUCAUGUCCCCGGACAUCGAGGCGGUGCAUCGCCUCCUGCUCGACCAAAAGGUGUGGACCGUGGCCAAGCCUUACAUUGACAAAUAUCAGACGGAGUACAUUCCCGAAUCCCGUCCCGUCUCUCCGACCGCCUUCUCACUGGAGUCGCCUCCUUCGCCCAGGAAGCGCUGUCGCCAUGACUGAAGCCGCGCAGUCCCCAAAUGUGAC